GCCUUGUUGCAGCUUACCUGCAAUGCGGUGGUGGAGCUCGAUGCAGAUCUACGGAUCACCGCAGAUUCACAAGAGCUGGCCAGCAUGCUGCUGCGGAGUAAUUCGGCUUCGAAUCUGGCUGGUGUGAGCUUCACAGAUUUUGUCACAGCUGCAGAAAAAGAUCGUGCAGCGGAGAUUCUUAACUCUCGCCUCCUGCAUGCGACGGGUGGAUUGGACAAUGAAGUCCAGACCGUCUCUGCACAGGCAUUUCAUACACGGCUCGUUGACAGCUGCUCCAGCAAAUUUCGCACGGAGGUGUUUCAGGUGAGCUACCGAAAACUGGACGGCGAAAUCUGCCACCUCAUUGGCCUCCGAGAUUUCACGGAUCAAAGUUGCCUCGCAGGGCAGGCGGUCGACGCCAUCGAAGAUCCGAUGACUUCUCCAUCGGCAUCGCAGUCUUGGGCCCCAUCAUCCUCACAAGAUUCCAUGAGGUCCUCGCAAUUCGACAUCGAGGAGGGCCUUCCAGGCCAGCAGUUUCUGCAACCGCCCGAGAAACCUCGUUCACGAUGGGUCUUGCUGGAGCUUGAUAUUCCGUCAAUGCAGAUUUAUGGAGCCUCUGCCCCGAUCGGAUGGUUGGCGGGCAAGCGGCUCGCGAAUAUUUUCCCAGAGGAUGUGACGGAUGGAUUCCAGAAGCUAUGGAAUGAUAUUGUAGCGGUUGAGGAAAAGGGCGAGUUGGAUCGGACGGUAUUGUCCUUCAGCAACAUAGAGAUGCGCUUGAGUCCCAAGAAGACGUCUCUGAUCAGCGGCACUGUGGAGGUCACCAGGUCCGUUCGCAGCACCACGGCGGGCACCAGCCUGGGGACUUUUCCGAUGCGGACAUUGAGUCCCAUGUCCUCAGAGUCAGUUUGUCGGUCCGACGAAGCUGAGAGAGUGAAGCAUGUUUUUGCCUGGGCCGGCGACAGGUGUCGAGAUUUGAUGGUCUCCCUGCAUCGAUGCGGUCUUAUGGGUCGGGAACCCGGGCCUGCAUUUCAGAUCAGGUCGGCCUUGAACGGCUUGAAUUCAGCCGCCUCCGCGGCCGCAUGGGGCAUGGCCCUGAUCUUGCUUGAGGACAUGCAGGCUGCGAGUAUAGAGACAAGCAACAUUGCUUUGCAGGCCGCCAUGGAGGUCUUCAACGAAGGUGCUCCUAUGCCUUCAUGGUUGCUUGAACUGCUCACCGCCUCGCUCGUGGCAGAGGAACCCAGCGUCGUAGCCACUGCAUCAUACAAAUUGCAGCUUCACGGGCGCUUCGAUGCGCAUUCUGCGGCAGUUCUAGAACGCAAGGUGCUCCGGGGCUGCUGGAUCCGCUUCCGCGAGCUUCGCCAGCGCGAGGCACCUGGCCCUGCACCGGACGCCGUGCUGCAGCGGCAGGCGUCUUUGGGUGCAGGGAUCGCAGAGCUUCUCAGCAAGGCUGCGUUCUUGGGUUGCGCAUUGCAAGGACGGCUGGCCGUGCGGCGACUGCACCACAUGGAAGGUACCUUUGAUGAGUCGUGUAGCCUGGCAGCGAAGUCGGUGCCCGCUUGGGUGGAAAGUCAGCUCACCCUUCAACUACCAUCAUCCUCCAGUGCUGGCCGCGUCGUGGGUCAUAGGAGCGGAACGCUGGAUGUCUGGUCGCCAAUCCUGGCAGAUCAUGAUCGCUCCCAACACGCAGAGCGACAGGCACUGUUGCUGCUUCUAGGCGACUUGGAUACUAGCGACACAGGACCCGUUCCACCAGCAGGCGGUAUUCGAUUGUAUGUGAGUGCGCACCCCUGCAUCUCCUGCACCGCUGUCUUCUUUCAACUGGCCAGCUCCUGGAGAGGUGUGCGGCUGCAAGUCGCCUUUGAUGCAUGGGAGGAAACGAAAAGGUGGACGGCAUCGCUGGCGCCUGAGGAGGAAGGAGAAGAGCAACAGCGACUCCACUCGCUCGAGAGAGCACCCGAUUGA